GCACAGAAUAUCCUCCAUGUAUAUUUUGCUUUGACGAGCGACAUUAUUUUAUGGCAGAUGUUUUUAGUUUUUUGCGAUUUGGUAUACAUGUGUGUUAAUGUUUGGUACUGGAUAAGACAAAGAAGGUGACGAUUUUCAUUGUUUGGUUAAUGGGACAACCUAUAGGUGCUGCAGAAACUGUGAAGAAUGUAUUUUGACUUGCCACAGAUUGCUAUAGUAAUCUUAACAACAGUGCAAUGCGCCGCGCCGUUAGAGUGUUGGAAAUGCAUCGCAGAUAACUGUCAAGAUGACCCACAAAACAACUACAAAGCGUACAAGGUGACGUGUAUGGAGAGAAGUGUAUGCAUGAAAGUUGAAUACUCGAUGAACACGAACAACUCGGCGGGGAUUCUGCACUCCGUGAUUCGCACGUGCUCGGCGGGUCCAUGCGUGCCGGUGUCGGACGAGGCGUAUAAAGCGUGCAGCUCACAAAAAAAAUACUUCAUCGAUGGCUGCAUCAGAAGGACCUGCUGCGAUGACAAGAACCUGUGUAACACUGUCCCAUGUACAUUCGUGUCACACCCGCUCGUCAUAACUGCAGGCGUCAUAAUGGUGUCCGUGGUUACCCAAGUCAUAAACAUCAGUAGCUAAUUACACCGGGGGUCAAGUUCAGCCAGCAGUUUGUCGCUGACGCUUGUUAAAUUAGUUUUUACGCUACACGUUAAAACAAAUAGAGACUGCAAAAACCAAUCAAAAUAGUUUGCAAACGUUUACCGAAAAUGGUUGGCUGAAGUUCAGCCUGUACACAUAGGCGUACGGUCUCCUAUUUUUGUAGGGUGGGGUGGGGGUAGAAUUACGUAAAUACAUGUUAAAAAGUGUUCAGGCCAGCUAAUUUUCCCACGAAUUUUUCUAUUGUUUUUGCCCGAAUUUGAGGUUUUCUCCAGGACUAGUACGCUUUUGCCUAUACAUGCAUAUACAUCCAGUGACAGCGAGCAAUACGAACGUUCGCGGAAAAGUAGACUGGUUCAACAUGUGGUUAUUCUAUUUAUCGCCAAACACUAACCCCCUCCCCACAAACUAAACCAUAUACUGUGUAACUGAACCCAGCUCUAAAUUGUUUUGCUCGAUAUAUACAUGUAGUUACUUGUGACCGACCGGAUUUAGUGAACACCCACAGGUGGAGCUACCUGAACUUUAUCGUUCGCAUAACAUAAGUUUAUUUUGUUUAACGACACCACUAGAGCACAUUGAUCUAUUAAUUACUGGCUAUUGGAAGUCAAACCCAUAUUUGAAUUUGCGAUUUACUGAUACCCCCCCCCCCCCCCC